AUUAUCAACGAUAUCGUUGACUAAAGGUUAUCGUCUGUAGACGAUUAUUGUUAUUCAGUAACUCAACGAAGUUCGUUACGAAACGAAUAGCACGUUGAAAUUUUCCUUUGACAAACGAAAGCUGAAAAGGGUGUCGUUGACAUAACGAACUGUUAGAGUGACAGUGAAAUAAUUAUAAAGUUUGUUAUUAUUUUAGAGUGCUCAAUAAAAGCAAUAAAUAAACGUAAAACAAUGGAUGACAUUGUAAUUAAUGUACUGUUUGAAGAAUUACAAAGAAGGCAAAAUAAUAAGGCGUGGAUGAGAACGUUGAGAGACACUAGUAAUCCCUUUAAUACUCCUGAGGAAGUAUUCAGGAAAAUGUUUAGAUUUCCUAGGAAUUUGGCACAUGAAUAUUUUCUUCAAAUGCAUCAGUUUUUGGAGGAUGGGCAGCGAAGCACUAGAAUCCCCGCAGUAACUCAAUUUUUUAUUGCGUUACAUUUUUAUGCACAUGGUAGCUAUCAGAAAUCCAUAGGAAAAGAUCGAGAUCAUUCGGUGUGUCAAUCUUCAGUGAGUAGAUGUUUACAUCGAGUGACUAAUACAAUUGUGAACCACUUGGCACCACGAUUCAUUAAAUUUCCACAAACUAUUGACGAGAUAACUGACGUUAAAAAUGGAUUUUUUGACAAGUUUGGCUUUCCAGGAGUUGUAGGUGCAAUUGAUGGCACACAUAUAGCCAUUGUGUGUCCGCCUUUUGGUGGUAUACCACCGGGUAAUGUCUAUUUAAACCGAAAAAACUUUUAUAGUAUAAAUGCCCAAAUUAUAUGCGAUUCAGCUUUAAAAAUUUUGAGUUUAAACUGUAGAUACCCAGGCAGUGUUCACGAUGCUGCGAUUUGGCAAAUGAGCGCAAUAUUUCGACACCUGAGAAACAAUUAUAGAAACGGCGACAGAACUUCUUGGUUAUUAGGUGACGCAGGUUACCCACUGCAACCCUUUUUACUAUUGCCCAUUGCUGGCGUCAAUCCAGAAACACCUCAAGGUCGCUAUUCUCAAGCCCAUAUUAGAGCGAGAAACACUGUUGAACGCUGUAUUGGGGUUGUAAAGGGAACAUUUAGGUGUUUGCUAAAAGACAGAACUUUGCAUUACAAACCCGCCUUUGCUGCCAAAUUGAUUAUUGCUUGUGCAACUUUACAUAAUAAUAAUAUGGAAAACGAAUUAGAAGACCAUGAUGAUCCUGACAAUGACCACGAUAACGUAGAUUUCGCCGAUCUUUAUCAGGAAGGCAUUAAUACACGUAAUUUGGUUAUUCGAAAUUAUUUUACUGAUUAA